AUGCUUUUGCUCAAGAUAAUGAAGAUUUUUGUUUGAGUACCUUCUAACUACUGCUUAUUCUCAUGCCUCCAUUUGGUAUUAGAGUCUCAAUAAAUAGUCUCAAUGGACCAUGCCAUAGACUUCCCCUGGGAUGCCUCAUACUUAAUAUAAUACUCCGAGGAUCCCCAGAUUGGUCAGAAGCUCUCCAAUCAAUAUGUUUUAGACAAAACUGGCUACUUUAUUGAGGGAAGAUACUUGAGAACGUGCACCAUCCUGAAGAUACGCCCAAUCCCAGCUGGCAGCUCCUCGAACUUCUCUGGAGCCUUGGGAGACUUUCAUGUUCCAGUCGCCUUGAGGUCAGCGGUACCAGUUAUUAACUAAUAACUUCUUGGGGACCUGUGUCUGGGUUGAGGUGAUGUCCAGGACUGAGAUUGCACUUUUCAUUAUUCUGAGAUGCAGCCUGGAAAGCUACUAUAGCCUCUGUCCCCGCCACAAUGGAAGGCGCAGAAGGGAAGCGAUGGGGGCGGGGUGAGCAUCCUUUGGGAUGCAGGCGCCUCCCCUCCGAGGGAGCACGGCAGGAACCCCGUCAGGUGGUGGAAGGAGAUUGCUAUACCCAUUUGGGUUACUUUCUGAGGACUCAGACCUUCUCUAUGCUGGAAACCCAAAAGAAAAUGGCAUGACCACUGUGCUGCUGACCCCCACACCCCAGGAGUCAUUGGUGAUCAGGGAUAUGGCUGAGGCUCUCACCCAGUGGGGGCAGCUGAACCCUCCUCAGGGAGAUGUGCCUAAGAAGCAUAGGAAUCUGGUCUUGCUGGGGCUUCCAAUUUCCAAGCCUGAUGUAAUCUCUAAGUUGGAGUGUGGGGAGGAACUACAGAGAGAAGUCUCAAAAGCAACUCAUUCAGACUGGGAGACAAGACCAGAAAGCCAAGAGCUAACUCCAGAGCAGGAUAUUUCUGAAGAAGAAUCAGCCCCUGCGGUGUUAAUAGAAAGAUUUCCAAAGGAAAGUUCCAGUGAAUGUGAGGAUUCUUUAGAGAGUCAGCAGGAAAACCAUGAAAAGCAUUUAAUACAGGAGGUUAUCACUCAGAAGAAAUCUUCUAGGGAGAGAAGUUACCAGUGUGAUGAAUUUGGGAGAAGUUUUAGUCAGAGGUCAUUACUUACUCAGCAGCAAGGAGAGAGACUACAUAACUGCGAUUUGUUUAAAAAGAACUUAAAACAAAAUUCAGAUCUAAUGAAGCACGAGAAAAUUUGUGCAGAGAAGAAACCUUGGAAAUGUAAUGAGUGUGAGAAAGCCUUUAGUUACUACUCUGCUUUUGUCUUGCAUCAGAGAAUUCACACAGGAGAAAAGCCCUACGAAUGUAACGAAUGUGGUAAAGCUUUUAGCCAGAGCAUACAUCUUACUCUACACCAGAGAAUUCAUACCGGAGAGAAACCCUACGAAUGUCAUGAAUGUGGAAAAGCCUUCAGUCACCGCUCUGCCCUUAUUCGGCAUCAUAUCAUCCAUACUGGAGAGAAGCCCUAUGAAUGCAAUGAAUGUGGGAAGGCCUUUAAUCAGAGCUCAUACCUCACUCAACAUCAGCGAAUUCAUACUGGAGAGAAACCUUAUGAGUGUAAUGAAUGUGGGAAGGCCUUUAGCCAAAGCACAUUCCUUACCCAGCAUCAGGUCAUUCACACUGGAGAGAAACCCUAUAAGUGUAAUGAAUGUGGGAAAGCCUUUAGUGAUCGAUCAGGCCUUAUUCAGCACCAGAGAACUCAUACUGGGGAGAGGCCUUAUGAGUGUAAUGAGUGUGGGAAAGCCUUUGGCUACUGUUCAGCCCUGACUCAACACCAGAGAACUCACACUGGGGAGAAACCCUAUAAAUGCAAUGAUUGUGCCAAAGCCUUCAGUGACCGCUCAGCCCUUAUUCGUCAUCAGAGAACACACACUGGAGAGAAACCAUACAAGUGUAAGGACUGUGGAAAAGCUUUCAGCCAGAGCUCAUCUCUUACAAAGCAUCAGAAAACUCACACUGGAGAAAAGCCCUAUAAGUGUAAGGAAUGUGGAAAAGCUUUCAGCCAGAGUUCAUCCCUUUCUCAACAUCAGAAAACUCAUGCUGGAGGGAAAACCAAAGAAUACGGAAAAGCCUUUAGUGAGCAUUCAGCAUUUGGCCAGCAAAAGAGAAUUCAUACUGGAUAAAGGCUAUGUAAAUAUGGUACAUUCAGAACAUAUUUAUUUAAUAAUCACUAAGCGUGUGAGGGCUACAAAAGAAUUUCAGAAUGUGUUACAAAAAAAGAUAUUAGUUGAGAAGUCAUUGCUGAUACAGGACAUAGCUUACUUAGAAUGUGAAGGAGGGGUUUUACAUUUUUUCAGUGCAGCAGAGGACUUUGAAUUACCCUGGGGAAAGAGGAAGAUUAUUUCCAGCACCCUAAAGCAUAUGAAAGCUUCCAAAUCCUUGUGAGAGAAAUAGGGUGUGUGAUGAUGGAAAGAAGACAUCUUGUCUGGGUUGGGUAGUCUCUUAAUGCUAAGGAAAUGAAGCUUGAAAGAAAUGAGGGGUUCUUGAGGGAAAUUGCAGAGGCAGAAAUAAAAGAUUGAGAAUUCAUGAUGAGUUUGUCCAGGGUUGGGAGUAGAGGUGGAAGGGAAGGUGUCCUUAGUCUUAAGUCCAAGAUGCUUAGGAGAUAGGUGGAAAGGACCAAGAAAAAGAACUGGGAGAGUGAACUCAAGAGAUGUUGAUUGAGAUAACUGCUCAAAUGAGUGCUCCCAACUAGGGAAAAUAGUAGACUUUUUAGUUGGUCAGGUACAAAGUCUCCACCCUGAAGCCAAGGAAUGUUGACCUGGCAGUCCGCUUCUGCACUUUUUGUCUUGGAGACCUUGCUUACUGAUUCCCAGCCUGCUAAGAAUCCUGUUUAACUCCAGGGGUCAAGACUGACAGCCUACAAAGAGAACGCAUAGAAGAGACCUUUGAUGUUCUCAGUCUCAUUUUAAGCUAGGUUACCUGAAAAUGUGCUUAUUUAUAAAGAUUUUACCUCAAUCGUAUAUAGUUUGUACUUAGAUUUAUUCAUAACCACAGUAAAAUUAAGUUGUAGACCUGAGUUGACACCAUACAUUGGAUUGUGAAAGAUGUGAAAAGACUUUGAAAUACUUACCUUUCACCAUCUUUCUCUUGGGUAGAGGCACACGACAGCCUUGUAUAUAUAUAUUUUUUUUUUCAUUGAGACUUUGAAGGUUGUUGCACACAUUUUGCAGAUCAUGUUUUUAGUUUUCACAAGUUUGACGAUGUGUCUGGAUAUGGAUUUCUUUGAGUUUAUCCUGUUUUCUCAGCUUCUUCAAUCUGUAGGUUUAUGUGUUUUGCCAUAUUUGGGCAAUUUUUAGCCAUUAUUUCUUUGAACAUAUUCUCCAGCCCUCACUCCUUUCCUUCCAGGACUUUGAUGACACACAUGUUAGAUCUUUGAAUGUAGUUCCUGAGGCUCGCUGCUUCUAUUUUUUUCUAGUAUAUAUUAUUUUUUAUCUCAAUCUGCUCAGGCUAUCAUAACAAAAUAAUGUAGAAUGGGUGGCUCAAACAAAAAAUAAUUUCUCCCAAUUUUAGGGGCUUGGAAGUUUAAGAUCAAGAUGUCAGCUUUGGCCUCUGAUGAGGGUGCCCUUCCUGGGUUGCAAAAGGCCACCGUCUUGCUAUGUCCUCAUGGCCUUUUUUUUUUUUUUUUUUUUUUUUUUUUUGGUGUUUGCAUGUGGAAAGAGAGCUCUCUCUUCUCUUUCCUAUAAAGCUGCCAGUCCUAUCUGGUAGGACCCCACCCUCAUGAUCUCAUUUAACCUUUAUUACCUUUGUGAAGCCCUGUGUCCAAAUACAAUCACAUUGAGAGUUAGCACUUCAACAUAUGGAUUUGGGGGGCACACAGUUCAGCCCAUAGCGUUCUGCCCCUGACUCUCCCAAAUUCAUGUUCAUGCAAAACCCAUUUGGUCCAUCCCGACAACCCCUCAAAUCUGAACUCAUCCCAGCAUUGAAUCUGAAGUCUUACCUAAAUAUCACAUAAAUCACAUAUGAAUGAGGCUUGAGGUAGAAUUUAUCCUGAGGCAAAAUUCUUGUUCAGCUGUGAACCUGUGAAACCAGAUAAGUUAUAUGCUUCCAUAAUAUGACUGUGGGACAGGCAUUUGAUAGAUACUCUCAUUCCAAAAGGGAGAAAGAGGAAAGAAGGAGUGAGGGGUCUCAAGCAAGUCCAAAACCCAGCAAGACAAAUUCCAUUAAAUCUUAAGUCUUGAGAAUGAUUCUGUUUGGCUUGAUGCCCCACAUUACAGACCCACUGGUACAGCAAUCUCACCACCAAGGCUCUGUUGGGCAGCCCUGCCUCCAGAACUUUGGAUGGAGGUCAACCAGCCUAUUGAAACUGAGGUGAUGUCCCCACCUUUUGAAACAGGAGGCAGCCUGAUGAUCCUGACAUUGACAUUGACUUUGUUGAAGCAUAGAGCACAUUUGUAUCUGAGUAGCUUUAUUGUACAGUCCUGUAGGAUAUAAGAAGUCUGACAGUCUUCCUCCAUUUGUUUAGUUUUUCUGUCCCUUGAGUCCCCACUGGCAUGUUUCUGCUGGUGUAAUCCCCUUUUUAUUCCUGGCUUCUGUGGAGAUGGCUGAACUUAAUCAUACCCAUGAGUCACAUCCAUGAUCUCUUUUUCAGGUGGUGGUUAAGCCACACCUUUAGUGUUCUUUAUAGAACAAGCUUUCUCAUACUUUGCAAUAUAGGUGGACAGAAUUUUCCAAAUCUCCCAAGUUCUGGGGUAUGUUUGUUUGUUUUUCUUAACAAUUCCUUCUUCAAUUUCUCUGUCACCUCUCUCAUUUUGUUAUAAGCAGUAAGGAGGGCCCAAGCUGCACCUUCAUCACUUUGCUUGGAAAUCUCCCAUGUUAAAUGUCCACAGUUUCUUUGCUCACAAGUUCUACCUUCCACAAAACACUAGAACACCAUUCAGCCGAGUUCUUUGCCACUUUACAACAGGGUUGCCUUACUUCCAGUUUCCAAACACGUUCCUCAUUUCUGUCUGAGAACUCAUCAGAAUGGUCUUUGACAUCCAUAUUUAUAGCGUGCACCUCAAAAGUCUGCCAGCCUCUACCCAAAAGGUGCUUCCACAUUUUUAGGUAUUGGUUAGAGCAACGCCCUUCUUCUAGGUACCAAAAUCUGUUCAUCUGCUUGAAGGCACCAUAACAAAAUACUAUAGACUGGAGGACUGAAACAACAGAAGUUAAUUGCUCACCAUUCUAGAGGCUGGGAAGGCCAAGAUCAAGGUGCCAGCUGUCUUGGUUUCUGGUAAGAGGAUUCUCUUCCUGCUUGUAGAUGGCCACGUUCUUGCUGUGUCCUCACAAUCCGUCCUCAGUGCAUGUGUGUGGAGAGAAUUCUCUCUUCCUCUUCUUACAAGGCUACCAAUCCUAUCAGCUUAAGACCCAAUACUUAUGACCUCAUUUAACCUUAGUUACCUUCUAAAAUCCCUCUCACUAAAUACAGUCACAAUGGCUAGGGCUUCCUUUUCUUUUUAAUAUUUUAUUUAUUUAUUCAUGAGAGAUAGAGAGGCAGAGACACAGGCAGAGGGAGAAGCAGGCUCCAUGCAGGGAACCCAACGUGGGACUCGAUCCCGGGUCUCCAGGAUCAGGCCCUAGACUGAAGGUGGCGCUAAACAGCUGAACUACCGGGGCUGCCCCAAGAUGGUAAGGGCUUCCAACAUGAAUUGGCAGUGGUUAGGGGAUGGUUGACACACAAUUCCAUCCAUAGUAAUUUUCUCUCUGUCACUCAAAGUUGGGUAUUUUAUAUUGUUCUGUCUUCAACUUCACUGACUCUUUCCUUUGCCCCUUCCAUUCUGAUGUUGACUCCCAUCAUUGGGUUUUAUUUCAGUUAUAUUUUCAGUUGCAUUUGGUUCUCUGUAUUCUAUAUACUGGAACUAUUUUUAAAAUUUGUGUCAAGCAUGUUUGUCAUUGCUCAUUGAGGCAUUUUUAUGAUGGCUAUUUUAAAAUCUUUAUCAGUUAAUUCUAACAUCUGUGUCAUUUCAGUGUUGACCUCCAUAGGUUUUCUCAUUCAGGUUGAGAUUUUCCUGGUUCGGUGUGUGAUGGUGAUUUUCAGUUGAAAUCUGAGCAUUUUGAGUAUUAAUGUUAUGAGAUUCUGUGUCCAAUUAAAGCUUCUGUGUGGCAGGCCUCCUCUAAUACUGUUCUGUGGAGAAAGGAUUGAGGGGAUACUGCUUAUUGCUGUAAGUUGGUGUUGGAAGUGCAAGUUCAUCAUUGGCCUCAACCAACACCUGGAUAAAGGUCCUCACUACUGCCAGGAAGGGGUAGGAGUUACAAUUCCUCACCAGGUCUCUACUGACAUCACACCAUCAAGGAAGGAGAGAGAUGUCCCUGGGUAGGAUUGGAAGCCUACUCUCCAUAUGGUCUCCAAUGAUACUGCCAACGUGGGAUGGGGAAAGAGUUGGUUUGGAAAAUUCUGUCCCUGACUUGACCCUCUCUGAUGCCACUGUGGUGUGGGGGUGGAGCACUGAGGAGCCUCAUUAUGGACUGGUGAGCGUAGAAUGUAGGCUCCCCACUUGGUCUUUGACUGGAGUAGGUUGGGUAUUGUCUAAAAAUUUUCUGUCUUGCUAGGCCACUUCUUUCCUCAUUCUUUGUCCAAAAAGAAUAGACUUUCUUGGGCCUUUUUUGUUUUGUUUGGUCUGAGCCCAUUGGCAUUUCUCAGUUGCUAGCUUCUUCAGAAUCCAGUCUGGGAUAGAUGAGGCAAAAGGAAACACAAGGAACUCUGUGCUGUGUUGUUCUUCAGGUCCUGAGGUCCCCAGCCAGUCUGUAUUCUCUCCACCUUUCAGAAUCUUAUGUUGUUUUAUACAGAAUGUGCAUGAUUUUUAGCUGUACUUUGAGAAAUAGGGAAAAGCACUGCUACAUAUUUCCCAUGACAUCCUUUCAUUUGACACCAAAAUAGCAGGUCAAGUUGUCAAAGUUUUGUGGCGUACAUAGGUCAUUUGCAACCAGUUAGGAUUAAGUACCAAGGGUAGCCCUGGGGGCGCAGCAGUUUAGCGCCGCCUGCAGCCCAGGGCGUGAUCCUGGAGACCCUGGAUGGAGUCCCACGUCAGGCUCUCUGCAUGGAGCCUGCUUCUCCCUCUGCCUGUGUCUCUGCCUCUCUCUGUCUGUCUCUAUGAGUAAAUAAAUAAAAUCUUAAAAAAAAAAAAAAAGUACCAAGAGGAAUGCUCACAUGUUCCUCAAAUUUAAGUUGCCAAGUUGGUAGGUAGAAACUACCAGGCUGCAAGGUUCAUCUAGCUUUCAAGGAACUAUAGUGUUUAAAUUGAGGAAAUGCCAGUAUUUAAUUGCAGAUUACAAAUUUCAGCAGGAAAGAUAGAUGUGAUUAAGAAUAUAAACAUAUAAAAAAAAAGAAUAUAAACAUAUAAACUAUAGUGUUAAUUUUUUUAAUUUUUAAAUUUAAAUUUAAAAUUUUAAUUUUAAUUUUUAAAUUUAAAUUUUAAAUUUACAUCUGUCUUUGUUCCAAGAGCAUGUGAAAACCACUAGAGAAUUGAAUUCAGGGUUUUGGUGUGUGCUUUUUUUUCUAUUACGUAUUAUCUAUAUGUAGAUAUCUGUUUAUUUUAAUUUCAUGUAUGACAUAGGAUAUCAUAGAGAACCAAUAAAAUAAAGAAUGAAAAUAAUUGGGAUUUGGGACAAAUCACUUCAUCCUUUUAAAUCCAUUUCCUCAUUUAUAUAUAUAUUUUUAAGUGUAAUACCUCCUUCAGAGUGGCUAGAUUAUGUAGAUAAUGGUUGCAAAGUGGUUUGCAAACUAUCAAGUGCUAUAUAACUAUUAAGUAUUGUUGAUAUAGUCCUUUAUGAGCUGUUCAUCAUGUAUGCUUUAUGAUGGUGUAGUCCAAUAAAAAUGGUGAAUAUAA